UAGUACCGCACCAAGGAAAAACAGCUGUUGUCGAUAUGAGUCAUCAACCUCCAGUUUCCUGUAUACCAAACACAGCAAAAAUGUCGAAAGCGAAAAAAGUAAUAGAAGAAGCAAGAGAAAUUAAUAAUCCUGAAAUAGAUUUGGUUGAUAAAGGCAUAUCUAACCUCGAAGAAGUGCCUGGAUUGUUCAAUCUUGCAAACAUAACACGAUUAUCCCUAAGCCACAACAAAAUAAAGACUGUGCCAGCUGCUUUGGCCAAUUUGAUGAAUCUGGAGAUACUGAAUUUUGCAAACAAUCAUAUAGAGGAACUGCCUGUUAGCUUGUCAUCAUUGCCCAAGCUCCGCAUCCUUAAUGUCUCACUCAACAGGUUAUACAGUCUGCCCCGAGGUUUUGGAGCUUUCCCUGCUCUGGAAAUACUGGACUUGACAUAUAAUAAUCUCAAUGAAAAAGUUUUACCUGGGAAUUUUUGUAUGAUGGAAAGUCUCCGAGCAUUGUAUUUAGGAGAUAAUGAUUUUGAAUACCUCCCACCAGAAAUUGGGAAUCUGAAGAAUUUACAAAUUCUCUCAUUAAGGGAGAAUGACCUUAUAGAGGUACCUCGUGAGCUGGGGCAACUGACCCGGCUGAGGGAACUGCAUUUGCAAGCCAAUCGUCUGGUUGUAUUGCCUCCAGAAAUUGGUACAUUGGAUCUGGCCAGUAAUAAAUCAGUAUUAAGAUUGGAGGGAAAUGCUUGGAUUCCACCAAUUGAAGAUCAGAUCAACUUGGGACCAUCUCAUGUGUUGGACUACCUGCGUUCAGAGACCUACAGAGUUUUGUACAGCCGCCACAUGUCCGCCAAGCCGCCGCCACCGCCGCUAGCAGUGGACAAGAACAAGAAGGCCAGCCGUGCCAGAUCUUAAUCCAAUACGUAGUAACCUAAUAAUGAAUGUGUCAUAUUUACUAAUUGCUUGAAUGAUAUAUUAAUAUAAUGACUUGAUAUGUUAUUAAUACGGCCUUCAGCAGCGAGUAGUGCAAGACACAAAUUGGACGAUCAGAUGUACCAAUUGAUAGAUUCAUUUAUCAUUAAUCCAUAGGGCUAAGGACUAUUACGUAUGUAUGGUCCUACGGCCGUAGUCUAUCUAGCGACCGAUGACGAAGAAGUCUCUGGUCACAGUUCCAUUUUCGAAAGUAUCAGUUUCGAAUACGUUGCGUCUUGAAUGCUCUUUAUUCUUGAUUACCCAAUAUCUAUGGUAUCCUCUCCCGCCCUUUAUACUUCAAUACCCUAUAAAACGUAAAAUGAAUUACCGAUAUUAUGUAAUUAUGCAUAAUAAUAUGUAUAGGUGGAACACUCGUAUUGUUGCGUUUGUAAACGCCGUUUCUAGGCCAUUUCACCAUCGCGGCUUUUGCUACGUCAAGUAUACAUUCAUAUGAAUAACAUGAAUGAUGAAAAAAAAAAUUAAAAAAUUAAUUAUUAUUCUAACAUCUGUAAUAUUUGUUGAAAUUUGCACUGCCAAUUUAAAGCACAAUAGGAGCUAAGUAAAUAUUAUAAAUUGUCUUAGAUAUCCUAAAAACAUUUCUAUUUCUAAAUAAAUAAAGAGAUAAGAAUGUCCUGCUAACGUUGACCAUUAAAAAAAUCUAUGUCAAUUUGUGUUGUCCUAAUUUAAUAUUGUAAUUUUUAAACUAUCUAUUUGCUGUAUGAAAUAAGGAAAGCAACUAUGUUAUGAGAUUUUUUUAUUUCAUCACACAAAUCAAAAUAUUUUUUAUUUUAUUACAUUACGUACAAGUAAAAAAAUCAAACAUACAACAAUAUCAACAUUAUAGAACAAUUCAUAUUAUAUUAUUAAUUACAAUAAGUGCACUUAUUAACAUUAUUAAGUUACAUUUAAUUGUUUAAAUUGAGCGCUAUUAAGAAUAGUUAUAGAAAAUAAAGAAAAAAAUAUAUAAAUAUGAACUAACCAAUGUAUAAUACGAGGUGCUAUGCAAUAUCUAAAUGUUGUUAAUUAAGCUAAUAUUAUUUUUGAUAAUCCUGAAUUUUAAUUCGUUUAACAAAACAUGUAUUUAAUAUACUAUAUAUUGUGAUGAUGUUAUUUUAUAAAAUAUGAAUAAAAUUAUUACUAACAA